AUGACUGAAGGAUUUUUGGCUCAGAAGAGGGCGGAAAGGAAAAAGAAGUUUGAGCUUCCUCCGCCUCGAUCAGCACCGUUUACCCGGGCAGUGGUUGCUGGAAAGCUGGUACACUUCAGCGCACUCAGUACUUGUUCGGGUAUACCAUCAGGCGAAGAAGUGCACCUCGACGAAAUUACAAUUUGUCCUGCUUAUCCGACGUAUGGAUGGCAGCGUCGUGUGGAAGCGAAAGAUUUUAGAAGUUAA